AUGAAAGAAGUCUUGAGCAUAAAUUUAGGACAGUGUGGUAUACAAGUUGCAAGUUGCUUUUGGGAAAUGCUUGCGAAUGCGGUGAGGACGUGUUCUGACAAACCAACUCUGGACGUGGAGCAAGUAUCGAGUUACUUUUCGGAUACAAAUGACAACUUAACUUCAGAUAAAAUGUCUGCUGCCAAUCGUGAAGAUUACAUGAGCACAUUAAAAGCUAGAUGUAUUCUGGUGGAUACAGAUCUAGGUACAAUAUCGGAAAUAUUACAAAGGCAACACCUACACCACAUAGAUAGUGGCAACAUUGUGUGUGGUACAGAAGCUACGGGGAACAAUUGGAGUACCGCAUAUUGCAAUUAUGGUCCACAAUACCAUGAAGCCAUGGAAGAGUUGCUUUCAACAAAUCUUGAAAUUUGUGACGAGUCGUUCCAAUAUUUCAAUCUCAUCUUUGGGCUUGCCGGCGGUACAGGAGCAGGACUGGGCAGCUAUGUGCUGGAUUUGUUGAGUGACGAGUAUGGCAAGGUUCCUCGUGUUUGCAACGUCAUAACCGAGGGUACAAUGGCUGCAGUGUCCCCAUACAACACCGUGUUCUGCCUUAAGCAUCUCAACGAUUUGAGCAGCAUCACUAACUUAUUCUCAAACGAAGCAUUAUCACAACAGAAAAUAGAGUCCUCUGAACAAGAGUUGUUGAAUACACUGAAAUCGAAGCCCAGCAAGGAAAUCGGAUUUAAUCAUGAGAACGGACUAAUCAGCUCUCACUUGAAAGAAUUCGGUCUUGCAACUGUCAGUAAAAAUUAUCCUGGGUUUAAUAUGAGAUCUAUAUUGAACACAUUAAUACCACUGCCUGGGCUCAACCUCACGUGCCCGUCCAUGGCGCCGAAGAAUAUUAUCAAUGAAGGCGCCACCACGGAAACCUUGAUCAACGAAUUGGUACGACCGUCAAAUAGGAUUUCACCAAUUCCACAAAAGAUUAAAAGUGCUCCGAUUGCAAUGGCCAUACACGGACGAUUCAACAACGAUUCUUUCAAAUACAUAAAAAGACUUAAACUGAAACACAACAUGGUCGGGUGGAAUAGAGAUGCUGUGAAAAUCUCGUUACCAGGAGUAAAUUAUACGGAAGAUGCAUCCACCAAAUAUGGUGGGAUGUACGGUAUUACCAACGACAGUUCUAUUUCGCCGUUCUUGCAAACCUCACUAUCAAACUUUGAUCGUCUAUAUUCUAAAAGGGCGUUCUGGCACCAUUAUAGCGACGUGUUUGGUGAAGAUGAUUUUUCUACGGCGAGGGAACACAUAGAAAGGCUACGUGCAGAUUAUGAAACCACAAGCAACUUCAUGAUGCCUCCUCCUCAUUUGCUAAACGAAACCUCAUUGGCAUCGCUAGGUGUGAAGGUUAACAACUUAAGUGAUAAAGCUUGCACAGAUGUUUGGAAUGAGACACCCGGCAUCAUAGAGAGCAACAAACAGUAUUGGUGGAGUCUUAAUGGCUCACCAUUAUGGUGA